UGCGCGCGGUGACGUGCCGGGCGCCAUGUUGGAGGGCUGGUGGUAGCGGCUCGGGGAGGUGCUCGCUCUCUCGGUCUCGCUCUCUCGCUCGCUUCCCCCAGCUCCCUUCGGUGCCCCCCCCGAAUCGCCUGCGUGCCGGAGUGUGUGCGAGGGAGGGGGAGGGCGUCGGGGGGGUGGGGGGAGGCCUUCCGGUCCCCGGGAGACCCGCGGAAGGAGGCGGAGGCUGCGAGGGACUCCGGGAAGCCAUGGACGUCGAGAGGCUGCAGGAGGCGCUGAAAGAUUUUGAGAAGAGGGGGAAAAAGGAAGUUUGUCCGGUCCUGGAUCAGUUUCUUUGUCAUGUAGCCAAGACUGGAGAAACAAUGAUACAGUGGUCCCAAUUUAAAGGCUAUUUUAUUUUUAAACUGGAGAAAGUGAUGGAUGAUUUCAGAACUUCAGCUCCUGAACCAAGAGGUCCUCCCAACCCUAAUGUUGAAUAUAUUCCCUUUGAUGAAAUGAAGGAAAGAAUACUGAAAAUUGUCACUGGAUUUAAUGGUAUACCUUUUACUAUUCAGCGACUAUGUGAAUUACUAACAGAUCCAAGGAGAAACUAUACGGGAACAGACAAAUUUCUCAGAGGAGUAGAAAAGAAUGUGAUGGUUGUUAGCUGUGUUUAUCCUUCCUCAGAGAAGAACAAUUCCAAUAGUUUAAAUCGAAUGAAUGGUGUUAUGUUUCCUGGAAAUUCACCAAGUUACACUGAGAGGUCUAAUAUAAAUGGGCCUGGGACACCCAGGCCGCUUAAUCGACCAAAAGUUCCUUUGUCAGUUCCCAUGACAACAAACGGCUUGCCUGAGAGCACAGACAGCAAAGAGUCAAAGCAGAAUGAGGACAAAAAUCACAGUGACUCUUCAACAUCUGAAUCAGAAGGUUCCUCGGUGAGCCCUAUAAAAAAUAAACAUCCAGAUGAAGAUACUGUGGAGGCAGAAGGGCAUGAGGUAAAAAGACUCAGGUUCGACAAAGAAAGUGAAGUCAGAGAGAUGGCCAGUCAAACCUCUUCCAGUGAAAUUUCUUCAGUUAUGGUAGAAGAAACAGAAUCUCCAUCUUCAUCUCAGAAUAAAGACAAAGAAAGUAGUUGUACCAGGCAGCACUGUACAGAAGAGGAUGAGGAAGAGGAUGAAGAGGAAGAAGAAGAGUCUUUUAUGACAUCAAGAGAAAUGAUCGCAGAAAGAAAAAAUCAAGAGAAAGAAUCUGAUGAUGCCUUAACUGUGAAUGAAGAGACUUCUGAGGAAAAUAAUCAAAUGGAAGAAUCUGAUCUGACUCAAGUUGAGAGAGGUUUACAUUCUGAAGGUAGUGAAAAUACAGGCCCUGUAAGUAGUGGUUCUGAUUGCCAUGAAACAGAAGAAUUAGUAGGAUCCAAUUCCAGUAAAACUGGAGAGAUUCUUUCAGAAUCAUCCAUGGAAAAUGACGAAGCCACGGAAGUCACAGAUGAACCAAUGGAACAAGACUAACUAUUUAGAGAUACUUAGAUGCAGUAUUUUACAUACAGUUCUGGUUUUACACUGUAUAAAACGUUUAUGUAAUAAAGUGGACCUUUAGUUUUACAAGAGAAGCAGGUUGUAAAAUAAAAUACUUUAUGGGAUAAAUCCUGAAAGAGAGAUUCAUGUGAGAACUGUGAAUAUCAGCUCCUCUGGGUCCUGCUUACCGCUGACUUUUUUUUGGUCUGGUCAAAUCAGUGGUUUGUGUAUAGAAUUUUUUUUUUUAGGGUUAAAAAUUUUAAACUGGAAAAUAAUUAUAAUUUUGAAAACUUUUUUGGAGAUGAUCACAUUUAGUUUAUUACAUAUGCAAGGAAGCUUUUGUCUUGUCUCUUUCUGACAGCUCUAGUGGUUUUCAUAUUUUGGUCAUAGUUUCAGCAUUUUAACAUGUGAACUAUAGGGUUUCAUGCUGGUUUCCAGAUUUUAUUGUUUGACUGUGUACAAUGGAACUUUAAGUCAUAUAUACAUAUAUAUAUUAUUCUAAGGGGGAAAUGUUAUAUUUUUCUGUUUCUAUAAGAGAUGAAUACAGUGGAUACUUUUUCUAUUGGUAAUGAUUGAGUUCACCUCUUUCAGAAGACAGUUUCUUUCUCUUCUGAGUAAUUCAGAUAAAAUCUGGCCCCUGUGAAACCCUGGAAAUCUUAAGUCUGUUGAAAUACCAGGUUAAACACAUUCCAAGAGAUCUGUUCAAACUAAAUUCUUUUGUAUACUUCUGUGGUGCCUGAGAAAAAGACUUCAUUAUUUAUGAGCAAAUGUGCUUUAUCUUGGAAAUUGUGUUCGAACAUUAGCUUACUAUUUUGUAGAAUGAAUGCUUAUAAAGCUGACAUGAGACCAUCUCAGAAGAACCAGGCUGGUUCCUUUACUUUUUACUUGCUUUUCUGAACAUUGUGAAUAUUACACAUUUCUUUCUAAAUUAUUCUAGAGUAUACAGAUGUCAAUGGUAUGAAACACCACUGUACUGGAAAAAUUAAUAUAUUACUUUAGUAAUGUACCGGAGCUAAAUGACUGAAGCUUUAGGGGUGCAUAGAAGCCACCAUAAUUUGUAUGACAUUUUGAAGUGAAUUAAAUAUUUUUGAACAUGCUUCUUCGACAGCCAGUGUUAUAUUUUUCAGAUCAACACAAAGCACAAUGGUUACUCUUAAACUCAAUAUUUUCAAAUUCACAUAUUUAAAAGUCAUGUGCAAGCUGCAACUUACCCUGUCUAAAUUACUGGCUGCCAAAUUUAUACCUGUUUCUUCAGCUGUACCUUUUGAUAUUUAGAAUUUUUAAAUUUCUGUAAAGUAGAUUUUGUAGAAUGUAAUGUGUUCACUGCCUUUGUGAAGCGGUAUAUAAUUGUAUAAUUUCUGUGUGUAAACUGAAUGCUUGGGCUUUCAAUACAGUAUUCAUAUAAAGCAAUAAAUAUUAAUGUUAUGAAAUACUCGAGUACAUUUUUAUCAAAAUAUACAAGAAUCCCUUUUUUAAUUUCAGAUACCUGAAGUACACAGAUGAACUUAAAAACUGAUGCAAACAUUUUCUCACACUGUAUCAUAUGCUCUGGGGUGACUUGGGCAGCCACCACAAGUUUUGCAUUUUGACUACUUCAAUUGCUAUGACUAAAAAUACCAAAAUGAGUUGGCUCCGUUUAUGUCUGUCGGGUAUUAUACUACUGACUGACUUGAUUGUCAGGUUCACAGCAGCUAGAUGAUCUAUUUGUGAAAUAUGUCUCAUAGUUGAAAUAAAAACUGAGUAUUGAUUUAUUUACUGUAUCCAAGAGAAGAAAAAUCACACAUUGUAAAUUUUUUUAAGAACUUUGCAAAAAUGUUAAAGCAAAUUUUAAAUGUGACAUUCAUUUGUAGCGACCUAUUCUUUAUUUUGUUAAGGGAUAUUUUGCCAAUGAAAAUAGAUUUUAAACAUUUUAAGUUUAGAAAUUUUGAAAUUUUCUUUAGAAUAUUUAUGAAAUCAUUGUCAAUAAACCUAUUCUUUAAGAUCCUGUGACCUUUUGAUAUUUUUUAUUUUAAUUGUGCCAUGGACCACUUGUAAACUGAAUUACUUUUGUUUGAUUAAGUUGAAGACAGCAUCAUGACUUUGAGGUCUGUGGUUUUAUUUGUAUACUUGCAGUUGCUAUUUUUGCAAGGGCAAAUGUAUUUCUUUAUUAAAUAAAGUACAAUAAUGGUGAAUGUACCAAAAUGCCAUCA